AUGGUUGUGUACGAGGAGAAGCUUGAUCGUCAGCGUAGAUUGCUGGAUAUUCUUUUGAAGCCUCGGAUAAAGCUACGGAGGACAGAGCUCCCACAGCAACAUGCCUCUAAGGAGAAGGAGGAGGAGGAGGAGGAAGUUCUCGCUGACCAGCAGAUCUGUAAUCAGGAGAGGAACUCCAGUCUACGCCAAGAGUCUCCACAGAUCAAAGAGGAACAGGAGGAAGUCUGCACCAGUCAGGAAGGAAAGCAGCUGGUAGUGAAGCAGGAGGGAGAUCAGAUUCUGAAGCAGGAGGGAGAUCAGCUGGUAGUGAAGCAGGAGGGAGAUCAGAUUCUGAAGCAGGAGGGAGAUCAGCUGGUAGUGAAGCAGGAGGGAGAUCAGAUUCUGAAGCAGGAGAGCACAGCAGAGGAAAAUCCUGUUGACAAAAUCCGUAUUGCAUGGGUAAGAUCGGAUUCUGAUAGGCCAAAGUCUGGAAUAUCAGAACCGAAGAGUAACCGUCAGCUCCUCCCUGACACCUUCCAUGUAGCUGGUAACCAAAAUCCCAGGAGAAAUAACCAUGGAAACGAAACACCAAUGACAAAAACUGCGCCAAAACCAAAAAAGAAAUGUAAUGCCAAGAACACAUUAAUUUCAAAUAUUGAGCUAAAACCAAAGAAAUCUGUCAACACAUCUCCAAAUACUAAGCCUGAACCGAAGAAGAAGUCUGGGAACACAUCAUCAACUACACAUUCUGUAAAACCAAAAGAGAUCAGUGGAAAAAAAUCAUCAACGACAAAUACUAAGUCAAAACAAAAGAAGAAACACAAAGCAGAGAAAACAUCAUCGAAUACAAAUUAUGAGCCAAAACCAAAGAAGAGCUCAAGGAACACAUUAACCAUAAGCACUGAGACAAAACCAAAGAAGAAAAAUAAGGAUGAGGAUGCAAGAUCAGCAACAAGUAUUGAGCCAAAACCAAAGAAGAAAUGUAACAAUGGCCUUGCCACAUUAACUACCAAUUGUACACAAAAAACACAGGAGAAACAUCAUCAUGGGAACACAACAUCAGCUGAUACUACUGAGCCCGAGCCAAACCCAAAAAACAAACCUUACAAGUGCAAUGACUGCAGUAAACCCUUUUCUUACUUGAAAAACCUGAAAGUUCACAUGAGGAUCCACACUGGUGAAAGGCCUUUUGAAUGCAGCUACUGUGAAAGGACCUUCAUUCAGAAUUCUACCUUGAAACGACACACGAAAACUCACACUGGAGAAAAGCCCUUCAAAUGCAACUCAUGUGGGAAAAGGUUCGCCCAGGUGACUGCCGUAACUACACACAUGAGAACUCACACAGGUGAGAAGCCAUUUGUUUGCAAAAUCUGUGGAAAGAAAUUCAGCUGCGGGGCUAAUAGGAUGAAGCACAUGAGGAUUCACACAGGUGAGAAGCCUUACACCUGCGGCGAUUGCGGGAAGGAGUUUGCGGAUUCCUCUGCGUUCAAAAAUCACCUUCGAGUGCAUACAGGAGAAAAGCCUUACAAAUGCUCUUGGUGUAAGAACGCAUUCACACACAGAGCGACUUUGAAAAAGCACAUUAGAACCCACACAGGUGAAAAGCCAUAUAAGUGUAACACUUGUGGAAACAGUUUUUCCCAAAAAACAGCCUUGAAAACACACAUUAGGAUCCAUACAGGCGAAAGACCGUUCAAAUGCAGCAUCUGUGGAGUAGGGUUCAUAAACAGUUCAAAACGGGCAAAUCACAUGAGUAUUCAUACAGUAAUCUCACCGAGCAGCAGUUCUUAAAAGACAUAACUGUACUUGACAUGAAAAAAAAUGUAUCAAAUUGUACUCAACUUUUUUUUUUUUAUAUUUUGAUCUUG